AUGUCUCAUGAACAGACUAGCCUCGUGGCUCCCAACUUGGACCAGAUAACCCAGACCGAAACAAACAUGACCCCCGAGGAAAAGCUCAACACUCGAAUCAUGGCUUGCGACAUCCAGCGGUUUUAUGAAUGUGUCCGACGCGAAAAACAUGUCUUCUGCCGUUGGUUCUCUCACUAUGAGAUUAAUUUGGCCAAGUUUCUUGAACCGCAUUGCACCCUGUUCAAGGACGAACGAAACUGGCCCGAGGCCUGGUUCGACAACGAGAGAGAGCUCAUCAACGACCUAAAGACCUUCCGACGCAUGGCGAAGCAGUUCCUGCAGCAGUGGACACGAGAUGUGGCUGCUCAGAUCCUCAGUGUCCGAAACACUGCCCUCAACAAGUUCUUCACCGCUGAGGAUGUCUCUCUCGCAGCCAAGCUUGAGCCUAAUCCGCUGGUCAGCAAUGCUGGUCCUCUGGACUGGACUCAGAGUGAAAUGUCCUUUGAUAAGACUCUGUCCAAAUUCCGAUUCCUGGCGAACGACAUGUUGCAGGGGAUGAAAGGAGGGCCUACCAUGGAGCGACCUGGUCAUCCGUGGACACGAAUGGAGGGGUUUGAUGUUUUGAACUUGAUGAUCAGGAAUGCAGAGGAUCCUCACUAUGAAGAUGAGGGGGAGGAGGUGUUCAAGGAUGAGAUUGUCCCCUUCUAUGGGUUUUACUAG